AUCGUAUAGUGUAGUAGAGUAGCAGUGCAAUAUGUUUCCAAACUCGCGGUGACGAUAUUAUUUAUUUGUUUUAUAAAUUCUUGUAAGAUAAUAGUAUAAUAGGGUAUGUGAAAAUCAAAAUGUCAGAAGAAGAAACAGUGGAUAUUGCGAAAGAACUUGACGAUUUACUAACGAAAGUACAACCAGACUUGCAGGAUGUUAUCAAAAGAAGUUUUACCAACGUAGCGCUUCAACUGGCAAAAAAUGGAGAACAGCUUGUUCGGGACACGCUGGAAGACACUUCUUACUUUGCAAAGAACACCCAAGUCAAUUUAACAGCUCUAGAGCUGGUGAAAUCUCCGACGUUCCACAUGCAAGGUGUAUCGUUGGACCUCAAGUCGAUGCUUCUGAGUCUGCGCUGCUCGCUCGGCGAGGUCAAUGUCAAGGGCCAGUACAGUGCCUUUAAUGAGAACCUUUAUAACCUCAUCCCUGUGUUGGCUGAGGGACAUGUUGUCAUAUCGCUAUCGAACGUGACGGCAGACGUGAACGUAGGGCUCAUCGUGGACGACGACGCUUUCUCCUUCAUCAACCCCGGCAUCGAGUUCUCGCACGAUGAAGUUCUUGUCAAGCUGUCUUGGCCUUCGCCGCAGCGGAAUGGCGGCUACGAGUUCGUCACCACCGAGCAACUGGCCAAACAUAUCGAUGACCUGCCGCUGUCGGCGGCGGUGUCGCUGCCGCUGUUCGCGCUAUUACGACAAAAACUGCAGCGACACUUAGCACGAGUGUUGCGGCAGAGCACCAGCGUGUCUGAAGUCAUGUGCUGUGACCCCAGCCUCCAUGAGGCCUAUAGCGAGAUGGUGAGCAGCCUGGCUGCGAAAGGCAACAAGGUGAUAGACAUGGUGCUGAUCAACAUGCGGCGUACUUUACUGCAGACACGGACGGAAGUGCUGGAGCUACCACCCUUACACGCCACCUUUAUGCACAAGAUCGGGUCAAUAUCGUUCAUCGGCAAGUUUGAGACGGACGCGGGCUGGGUGAAGAACCUCGCCACCGUGAACCGUGUGAACGACGUCAGCGUGUCGCGGCCCGACCCCAUGAAGACCUGCUUCAGCGUCACCUUGCGGAUCAAGGACUUACAGAUCGGCUACGACGAAUACCGGAUAAAGGCGCUAGGCGCGUCUUGUUCAGGCCGAAUGGCAGCGGCGUUCGGCGACAACACACUACGGUUAGAACUAAGCGUGGGGCUCGCGCGGUGGGAGCCCUACGCGCAGCUGCAUGACCUGCGCGUGCUGCACAUGGACGGCAUGGACCUGCACGCGACGGGGCUGGGCCCGCUGUCGGGCACGGCGCCGCUGGGCGCGUGGGCGCGCGGCGCGGCGGCGGCGCACGCGGCGCCCGCGCUGGCGGCGCGGCUGCAGCACGAGCUGCACACAGCACUCGCCGAGCUGCCGCUGUGGGACCUGCUGCACGACCACUAGGGCCAUAGGCGUACCCACGGUGGGGCAGUUACCCACCCUGGUCUGUGGUCUGACGAGAAGCUAAAAAAUUUUAGGAACAAUUAAGGCGUGUACGUGUAACCCUACUUCUGCCCCACCCUUUAAAAAAUGCUAGAUACGCAUUAGGCGCAUUACUAGGGCCAUACAUAAGUGGUAUCCAGAUGAUAAUUGGGUACUUUUGUCUACACAUAAUAAAUUAUUUCACACAGUGUACGUAAUAAAACACCCGGUAAUUAUUAGCAAAACAUAGAUAGCAGUUAUUUAUAACCACAAUUUCUAUUUAAUAAAUCGGAUUGAAAAAUAAAAAGUAGGCGAGUUGACCGUUCGUUACACGAUUUCAUAUAAAUUCCAUAUUAGUAAAUCGUUUUGACAGUUCUAAAAAAGAAGCUGAUUUGACUAGUAGGAAAGUAGCCAAUUGGCGCCAAUCUCGUCUAGCGGCACACAUACACAAUUUAAUCACCAAUUCUAAAACCAAUAGACAAUCCAAAAUUGUCAAAGCUACACAAUGAGUAAAAGCCCUCGCUGGAGGACUCGCUCAUCACGAUAUAAAGCACUCAACCAAUCUGCUUAUAGUCUGACUGAUUACAGAUUAAAUUACAGAAAAAAAAACCAUAAACAAACGCACGAACAGAUCCUAGCAUUCCAUAGAUAAUAGCUUCGAAAAUUGGCAUUUUUGUGUCCGCACCUCCUGAUUCGAUCGGGCAAUUUAAUCAGAUUGCGAAAAAUUGGCUAAUCUGAAUACGCCUUUACUCCCGAGGGGUGCAACGCGAUCAAAACAUGUCCUCGAUCGACAUUGCAAUCGCCAUUGCGUAUGGCACCGCGAGCACGCCGCAGCCACCCGCCAAACAUUUGAAGUAUUUUAAUGGUUAAAUUAUUAAUAGUACUUCGGUGCGCCGCCCCGAUUGUAACUGCGAGUGCGUAAAAUAUAAACCCCUGUUAUGUAUACAAACAAUCCCUGUUUGUUUUCAAAACAACUAAGAGACAGAGACUGCUAACUUUUAAAAGUGCAUCCUAAUUAAACUUAUGUGACGCUCGCGCACUACAUGAAUUACAUCCUAGUAUUAUACUAAUGCACGCGAGCAUUUAGCGUUUUCACCAGUUGUUCACCAGACCUCAAACCCACCUUAAAAUUUUAAACGCUGCUACAAUUUUUUUUAAGAAUCGAUUGGUCUGUUAACUGGACAUAGGUGGACCUUAUGCCUUUUGUAAUAAGGUUCACUGAUGUACAAAUUAGGAGUGUUGCUGUUUGCACAUUACACAAUUUUAACACCGAAAAGUACACGAAUUUCUUGAAAAGACUUGUAACAUUUGUAAUUUCUGUAUGUUUCUGUAAUAGUAACAUUGUGCAAGUUGUGUUACUUAUGAGUGUGUUCUAUACGUAUAUAAGCUACGUUUUAUUUACAACUGCCGUUCUGUUAUAUGUUAGGUAUAUUUAAAAGUCCGAACUCUUAUUUUAGUUAACUAUUACUACUGAUAUCUAUAUUUUGUGAUUCUGGACUUCUAUUUACCAAAUUUUAUACCUACAUACUUACCUAUUUUCUAUAUUUUUGAAUAUGUAUUCUUGUUUGUUUUGUUUUGAAUUAUUUAUAUGUUUUAGUAGUAAGUGGCAAAUAGAUUUUUGAUUUAUUUACUUUACAACUAAGCUAAAAAGUUGGCGGCUAACUUUAUUAUUUUACACAUAAAUCAAGUAAUAAACUACAACACAUUUUGGUAGAAUUUUUACAUGACUGUUUCGUUGCUGCUAAGUUCAAUUUUUAUUUUGUGAAUAAGUAUAGAAAAUAUUUAAAUUUUAAAGUUUUUUUUGCAAUAUUUUAUUGAUAGUAAGAAACGAAUUGAUUUUAUGAGAAGAUAUUAUGUAGGUACAUAUUACAAGUUCAUUUCUAAAUCGCGAUCCAACAAUGCUGCUUUUUUACAUGCCUAAGUGCAAAAUAAUUAUUUUUUACUGACUCAGCAUUAAUUAAAAAGCGACUGAAUAAUCUGUAUUGAUGAAAGUGAAUAUUUGAUAUUUAGCAUAGGUUGUGAGUGCCUUGUAACUAUUCUAAGACUGUUGUAUUUACGCGACUGCUCCAGAAAGUAGCGAUUUUAGUUAUGUUGUACACAUUGUUGAAUAAUAAAUAAGUACAUCAAAA